AUUAUUAUAAGCGUGUCGGGGAAUAAGUCUCGGCUCCGCCUAACAAACGCCUUUCUCCUUGCUCUCUUCCUCUUCCGCUCGACUCGUAUUUGGGAGAAGAGGAGAGGGUUCGAAGAUUCGAAUAGUCGGGCGUUCUUGCCAUGGCCUCCAAGCGGAUUUUGAAGGAGCUCAAGGAUCUUCAGAAGGACCCCCCUACUUCUUGCAGUGCAGGCCCUGUGGCAGAAGACAUGUUUCAUUGGCAAGCUACUCUAAUGGGUCCCCCUGAUAGUCCUUAUGCUGGGGGCGUCUUUCUAGUAACCAUCCACUUUCCUCCAGACUAUCCAUUCAAACCACCCAAGGUAGCAUUCAGGACAAAAGUCUACCAUCCAAAUAUCAACAGCAAUGGAAGCAUUUGCCUUGACAUCUUAAAAGAGCAAUGGAGCCCUGCAUUAACCAUUUCCAAGGUAUUGCUUUCAAUCUGUUCACUUCUGACGGACCCAAACCCUGAUGAUCCAUUGGUUCCAGAGAUUGCACACAUUUACAAGACUGAUAGUAACAAGUAUGAGACCACUGCACGGAGCUGGACCCAGAAGUAUGCCAUGGGUUAGACGUGGUGGCUGGAGGUGGAGGUUGUUUCCUCUCUCCCUGUGCUCUAUAUCAGGUGGUGCUUUAACUAUAUAUAUAUAUAUAUAUAUAUAUAUAUAUAUAUAUAUAUAUAUAUAUAUAUAUAUAUAUAUAUAUAUAUAUAUCUGACAUGGUUUAUGUCUGUUAUCACUCGUUUGUUAUAUUUAUGAAGCAGAUCAUGCACUCGAGGCUCGAAUAUUUGCAUGUGAAAUUACAGUUUGGGCCUAUGCACCUCAAUUUCUUCUGGCCUAGACUCUUGUGUUAUCCCUGUUAAAUGGUCACUUUCUACUAGUGUAAAAAUGGCUGCUCUCCUAUAAAAUCUUGUCAGCCUUAGUUA